AUAGGUGGGGCUUAGCCGGCUUCCACCGCGGGGCUCUCGACUCUCCUUCCCCUCGACUAUUUUCGUGACUCCUUGGCCAAGUUGAUGUCUGUUUGACGGCGUAAUAAGUGCCUGGUGAGUCAAAACGUGAUGCAGUUGAUGGUGCGUGAGUGAGUUAAGCGAGUGGGGGGCGUGUGGCGAGGCGGCUUGUGGAAAACGGUGGCCAUUUGGCAACUCAAGGAAGGAAAGGUCCGGGGGCGGAGCCAUAACACGAGUUAGUCUCCCGUGAGCCGUCAGCGGAGGAGAACGGCAGUCUGUGAGUUGUGGCGUUAUCGGCGGCGUGGGAUACAACGAACCUGCCAUGCAUGCCAUGACGCGGACUGGCGAGUGAGCGACGCCGCAGACUUCGCUGUGAGCGAUGCUGAGUCGCGGCGGUGGGCUCGCUGCCUCGCGCGCUCCAGGAAAACCCAGUAAUUACACAUGCUAAUCUUUAAAUUAUCCGGAAACUAGGUAACUGAUCCACGCCUCAGGCCAAAUUAUUCUCGAAUCAAAGAGCGAAUCACGGGCGUGACACGACUAUUGCCACAGUGAUUCCCUCACCUCCCGCCGCUGACCCACCUCUUUCUCCUCACCCGUCACCCAGCCGUGCCACAUAGUGUGCAGGACAAAAGGUACCUCUCCUCUUCCCCUCGCCCGCGCUCGGCUAUGGUGGUGUUGCCGGAGGUGAAGGAGGAGGGGAGUAGAGGAGUGAAGGAGACACGGAGCGAACACGUGGGCCAGUAACUUCAACACCGCCGCUUUGGGACGCCGCCGCUGCCGCCGCCCACCCUGACUGACGUGGAGGUGAAUAGAGGUGACAAGACUUCUCCAUAAAGCCUCUCCAUAAACCGGAACACUCCUGAAUAACCUCUCGCUGGUGCUUCGGGGAACUUCGGCAUGAGUGGAAGCUCGUCCCACACAACGUCAAAGUAGUAAAGUGAUGUGCAGCUUUUAUCUUGUGACGCCGUAACAAACAUGUGAUACUCUCAGUCCCCCACGUUGAGCUUGCUCGAAAAAGGAAUAAAGGAACUCUAUCAGAUCCCACUAAAUCUCUUUAUAAUUAUUUUCUAGUGUCUUAAGGAAUAUAUUAUUUCGUGCAACGUAAAAAAUAUAUAAUCAACACGAAUAUGUUAUAAAAAGUAGUGAUAAAAAGCUGAAAUAAUCACAGACAGAAACCAGGCCUUUUUUAUGACAACCUCAAGGCUAAAACAGAAGGAAAAGGUGACUAACGAUACCCUGAAAAGAGAAGAAGAGAUCCCCGUGCGGGAAUGACGCGGCGGGAACACCAAUCCGAAGAAAUGAAUGGGAAAGGUGACGCGUAAUUGUAACUCGAUGCGUGAUACAAAGAGACGCGUGAUAUUCCAAAUCCGAGAGGUAAGCGAGCGACAAUAGUGAAAGUGAUGGUGCUUACAAUGAAAGACAAAGAGAAAUACCGCAGAAAAGAUUAAAAAAAAAAAAAUCGAUCACUCACGACUGACAUUACUGGAGAGAGACAUUACUGGAGAGAGAGAGAGAGAGAGAGAGAGAGAGAGAGAGGGGCAGGUAGACAGACAGACAGAUGGACAGAUAGGCAGACAAGUAGACAAGAGGGCAGACAGACAGAGAUCGAGGGACAAAACAAGGCAAGAUAACAUAAAGGUCGCAGAAAGAGACACAAAGAGAAAACUAAACCAAAGGCAGGGACGGAAGGAGAGACAAGAAAAAAAAAAAGAUAGGAUGAAAGAAAAGGCAGGAAGCAAAAGAGGAGGAAGGAGAAAGCAAACAAGGCGCCAGCAGGAAGGAAACAAAACAGCGUGAAUUAUCUUAGAAGGAGAAGAAGAAAAAAGACCGCAAGGAAAAAAAAAAAAAACUUGCGGUAAAAACAAAAGAACAAGAAAUCCAUUAGAACGGAGAACUAAAACAAUAAUAAAAGAACAGCAAAACAAAACACAGUGAAGAAUCUUAGAAAGGAAAGUAUCAGUGAAAGGUAAAGAAAAAAACAAAAAAAUCCUAUCAGCAUCGGUAGCAUCAGCGGCAUCAGGAGUAGCAGCACCAUCACCGUCAGCGCCACCACAAGGAUGCAGCUGCUCCUCUCUUCCGGGUGCCCUUGGUGGAGCCUUCUUCCCCUCCUGCUGCUAUUCAUGACAGCUGUCAUCACCACGAGGGAACUGCGACGCCGUGAACGGCAGCGUGAACUUUGCAAACACUCAGAAAAGAAAUGGUGCGACUGGCUGACCGUUGCCUGGUGACCUUGCAGUAAUGGGUUCGACUCCCUCGUCUGAAGCAAUACGAGGCGGCGACGCGGGCCUUCCCGGUCCAAGAUUCGUCGGACAGAUUGAGAACGUGACAGUAGCGGCGGGACGCAACGCCGUGCUCACCUGUACCGUGGAGCACCUCAGAGGGUAUAAGGUGGCGUGGGUGCAGGUAGAGACGCAGACCAUCCUCACCAUCCACACGUCAGUCAUUACUCGGAACCCGCGCGUGGGCCUGAGUCACGAGGGCCACAAUGUGUUCCGUCUGCACCUGAAGGAAGUGACGGAGGCGGACCGAGGCUACUACAUGUGCCAGAUGAACACCGACCCGAUGAUCAACCAACAGGGGUUCCUGCAAGUUGUGGUGCCUCCUGACAUUGACGACUCUGCCUGGACUGGGGAUCUGGUGGUGAGGGAAGGAACUAACGUGUCUCUGGAGUGCAAGGCGAGAGGGUACCCGCCGCCCACCGUCACCUGGCGCCGCGAGGACCCGCAUGACCCCACCCAGCACUCAGUGAAGGUGCUGGAGGGCCAGACGCUGACGAUUGGCAAGGUGUCUCGAUUACACAUGGGCGCCUACCUGUGUGUCGCCUCCAAUGGCAUCCAGCCCUCCGUCAGCAAGAGGAUCCAGCUUAAGGUUCAGUUCCCGCCCAUGCUGUGGAUCCCUAACCAGCUGGAGGGUGCGAGGCGUAGCGAGUCCGUGACGCUGCAGUGCAACACGGAAGCCUUCCCUCGCUCCAUCAACUACUGGACCAACCAUAGAGGCGAGAUGAUUGCCGCCACGGGCACGAGGUACGAAACAACCACCAAGGAGGAGAGCUACAAGACCUACAUGAGGCUGGUGAUCCACAACCUGACGCAGUACGAUUUCAACACGUACCACUGCAUCGCCAAGAACAGCCUGGGCGAGACGGACGGAUCCAUCAGGCUGUAUGAGAUCGAACCUCGGCCCACAAAGGAGGAUUCGAAGGAAGGAUCUGCCAGCAAGGAGGACGGCGAGGGCGAAGUAAGCGACGGAGAAGGAGGUGAGGGAGGAGGAGGAGGAGGAGGCACCAAGUAUAACUCCACAGCCCUGGACGAGAGUAUCAACCUUACCACUGACAAGCGGGGGAAGAUGUGGAGCAACAAGCAGUCCCCCUCGAAGAAGACGGGAAGAGGCCCCAACUCAUGGCGCACCGGAGAGGCGAUGAACGAAGUACUAACAGAGGUGGACCUUAGGUUCCGAGAGAAGGAAUAUAGCCACUCCAAGGAUUCUCCACCUGGAAUGAAAACGGCAUCCUCCUACGACCAUUCCUUCACCUCCUACGACUCUGGCUCAGCGGCUUUGCCCUCCUCGCGCUCCGUGGUGGGGGUGGCUGUGGCGUGUGUGGCGGCCCUCUGGAGGCUAUGAUGGCUCUCCGGUUGCUCCCAACACCCCUCUAGUAGUUUUACUUGUCCCUGUUUCCCUUCCCUUCUGUGCGUCCCGUGUGCAUUCAUGUCUAGAGAAAAGUAACUCUCUGUUGCCUCCUGUUGCCAGUGACUUGGAGACGCGUGUUGUGUGGUUUCCUUAGGUCAUUUUUAUCCGACAAUCACUGUGUAUUGUACAUGAUGACGAGUGGCCUGCCUUAUGAUGGCAUAGACAAGUUUUAAGCUUGUUCUUUUUCUCCUUCGAUUAUCUGCAGUUUCUUGUGGUUAGGUAAGAAGAUUAUGCUUGUAUAUACACACACACACCACUGACUUACUUCUGCUAGAAUGCAUUUAUACAAGGAGACGAAUCGUUUGAAACACAUUCCUCACUGCAGUGGGUUUCUUAGUCAGCUGUAUAGAUGCACUGUCACCUGUAACGUAGCCCUCGACACCCGACCGCCGCUUCUAGGCUCAGACAACGACCACACACACACACACACACACACACACACAUGUACACACACAUCCUCUCAUUUUUGACCUCAACAUGACUGUUCCUCAGAUUGUUAAACGUUUCGGCGUCUUAUCUCGACUACAUUUUAACACGUUCUAGUAUAUGUGCGUUUCAAGGGUGUUUUCAUGGUUCUGGUUAUAGUUUAACAAAUAUUCUUCACUUUUUCGAAAAAAACAGUCAUGAAAACUCGUAUGAUCAUCCCUACAGCCUUUGAAAAAUAAUCUUUAUCGGAGACUGAAGCAUUUAAGAAUACGGGGCCCGUGUAUUCUUGAACGUCUCGAAGUCUCGUAUGACACGCUUUAGUGGAAGUUACUGACGGUUUUCAAAAGCGUUUUCAUGGUUUUAGUGAUGUUUCUACACUAUCACAAGAAAAAGCACCCAUGAGAACUAGACUAAUCAUCGGUGACUUUUGAAACACCCAUAUGAGAAACCAAAACGUUUAAGAAUACUGGGCUGACUCCUGUGUUUCUAUCAGCUGUGCACAGUAUCAUAGAGCGUGGCGAUACUGCUGCUGCUAAUGUUGUGUUGAGCCUCUGACUCAGUGUAAAUCAUGUAGUGUACCUUGAAAACUUGUGAGGAAGCGACACUCAAGACCAUUUAUCUCAGCUUGUUGUAAUCCCCGCAGCGAGGCGCCACACAGGUCUGUCUGUCCCCCUCACCACUCAUCACCUCUCUACCACCCCCACCAUCACCACCUCCACCACAUACUUCUUUUCACGUAAAGUUACCCCGAGCAGUGGUGUCAAGACUUGUAGUGGAUUUCAUGUUUAUAAACAGAGUAAUAUAAACUACAGCAAAUGGUUUCAUGAGAAUACCUCAGCAAAGACCAAGAUGUGGGCAUAGUUGUAUGAAGCUUUGUUCUUUUUCUUUUUUUUUUUUUUUUUUUGUCUUUUCGUCUGAAUCAUUUUGUAGGAUACAACAUCACUACUUUGGGUAACGGUUCACUUCACUGUAACACCACUGAAUCUAUUUUCAUAACAUUUAGAACCCUAGGCACUCGUGUAAACAUUUUCUCGUUCCACUCACACACACACACAACGCAGACAACUCACUCCUACACACGCCUCUGCCUCCCUUUCCCCUAGUCAUUAUUGUUCUUCUUCUCCCUCCUCCGCAGUCGAAGUCCUCUGUCACUGUUUGUCGUGUGUGUGCCAAAUGGUUUGUCCUUAUUCUUUAUAACCGUAAUUUAAGGCUUGAUUUGUCUGCUAUACACUGUAGCGGUCGCGAAUGCAUUGCGUAAAAGGACGAGAAAUGUUAACCCCUUUGUAAGUGAAGGAUAUAUUGUAGCACUAAGUUAUUGUCUUUUCAAUAAGCGAAUGUUGCUUCCAUGUCACGGAUGGUGGUGUGCAGUCCUGUGUUGAUGGCUCUUUACUGGACGCUAACACUUACGUCACAGCCUCGAAGGACUUGACCAGUGCUAGUGACGGCGGACUGUUGUUACGUCACGCCGUCACGCCGACACGCCCCCGGCAAAUCCUUUUACCCUCACGUCGCGGAGGAACGGAGGCACGAUUAGAACCAGUGGGAUACAUCUGUGAGCCGCCGGGGACACGAUGGCCCAAGAUGCCUCCUUCUAAUGCUGAAGGCGACGGUCCACCCCAUGCCGCUGUCCGUCAGCUGGAAUCAAUGCGUCAUGAGGAGUAUUACUUUGAGGGAACAAACAUGACGCGACGCUGCUCUUGUUCUUACUGCUACCAGAUUUGUGAGAUUGUGUAAUGUUAUGUACUGUUGUAAGACGUCUACAGUCUCACGCGUGGAAAUACAGAUUUUUUUAUGCACUGUUAAGCGAGAUUUCCUCACGAUAACAAUGACUUUUACCGCCAAGAAGCAACGGAGUACAGAAAAGCUUACCUAACGCAGGAUACUUGUGCCAAAACACCAACAACCAACCACAGUAUACCAACUUUAUCCCACACGAGAGACUUUCCUUUAUGGACAGACUCACCAGCAGCUGUGUUAGUAGCGCCCUAAUGUAUAGCCACUAAAAAAGGGAUAAACUAUAAUAAUUCCGCUAUUCUAAUAAUUUUUUUUUAAUCUCCCCUCUCUCUCUCUCUCUCUCUCUCUCUCUCUCUCUCUCUCUCUCUCUCUCUCUCUCUCUCUCUCUCUCUCUCUCUCUCUCUCUCUCUCAAGCGGAUGGUGUGUUUCCGUCUUCACUCACUAUAAUGGAUAUCACGUUGAUUCCCUCGUGUCUUUGGGGAAGCAAGACGAGGACGCGAGUCAAGUUAAUGUGUUAUUUGCGUUGUUCUCCAAGUGAGCGCCUGCGUCUGCUUGGUUGGGUCACGCAUGUCCCUCAACUACGACAUGUUCUGUAAAGAGUAUCUGUAAAUAUAAACCCUUUUUCCCAAAAUAUGUAAGAAUAAACAUACCAGAAACCUUAUAUAUGUUCCUGUUGAGAAAUAUAUACGGCUAUAUAAUAAC